CAGGGUCCUGGGGGUCUGGCAGUCUCUGCAGGAUUUCAGGAGGUUCAGAUGGUUUGAGGGUGUCUGGUUUCUUGAGGUUUUCACAGUCUGGAUCUUUGGAGAGUUCUCAUACUCUGGAGGUAACUGGAGGUCUCAGGUUCUGUUGGUUUUUAGGUUUUUGUCUCUGAGAAUCAGAAUCCGGAUGAGCAGCAUGUUGGAGCUUCAGCAGGCGGUUUUGCUCGCUCUGCAGGUGUUUACCUGCGCUCAGGUGGGCAGGGCCCAGGAUGACGUCAGCCUUCCAGAGUACAGUGACGUGUGCACUGAGGGCAGCUGUUACCCAGCAACAGGAGACCUUCUGAUUGGCCGAGCCCACCAACUGUCAUCCACCUCCACCUGUGGACUAAGCCAACCCCAACCAUUCUGCAUCGUCAGCCACCUGCAGGAAGAGAAGAAAUGUUUUGUGUGCGACUCCACGGACCUCUACGACAAGCUGACUGAUCAGCCAAGAGGUCAUCGUAUCGAGAACGUUGUCACAACGUUUGCUCCGAACCGACUGAAGACCUGGUGGCAGUCUGAGAAUGGUCUGGAGAAUGUCACCGUCCAGCUCAACCUGGAGGCCGAGUUUCACUUCACACACCUCAUCAUGACCUUCAAGACGUUUCGACCUGCUGCCAUGGUGAUCGAGCGGUCAGCUGACUUCGGGAAGACGUGGCAGGUUUAUCGCUACUUCGCCUAUGACUGCGAGACUUCUUUCCCAUCCGUUUCCCACGGUCCAAUGCAGAAGGUCGAUGAUGUCAUCUGUGACUCACGUUACUCUGACAUUGAGCCGUCCACUGAAGGAGAGGUGAUUUUCAGAGUUCUGGACCCGGCGUUCAGAAUCGAUGACCCCUACAGCCCCAGAAUCCAGAACAUGUUGAAGAUCACCAACCUGCGGGUGAAGUUCACCAAACUGCACACACUUGGAGACAACCUGCUAGAUUCUCGGAUGGAGAUCAAAGAGAAGUAUUACUAUGCCAUCUAUGACAUGGUUGUCCGAGGGAACUGCUUCUGUUACGGACACGCCUCCGAGUGUGCCCCCAUCCAGGGAGCCGGGAAGAUCAGGGAGGGCAUGGUUCACGGUCACUGUAUGUGUAACCACAACACUAAAGGUCUGAACUGUGAAAAGUGUCAGGACUUCCAUCACGACCUUCCCUGGAGACCAGCUGAGGGACGCAACACCAACGCCUGCAAGAAGUGUAACUGCAACCAGCACUCAGACUCGUGUCACUUUGAUAUGGCCGUGUUCGUGGCUUCAGGAAAUGUCAGUGGAGGAGUUUGUGACGAGUGUGAUCACAACACUGCUGGACACAACUGUGAGCAGUGUAAACCGUUCUACUACCAGCAUCCAGAGCGGGACGUUCGAGACCCCAACAUCUGCCAACCCUGUAACUGUGACCCAGUGGGCUCUCUGAAUGGAGGAAUAUGUGACCGGAUGACAGACGUUCGAGCCAGUCUGAUCGCCGGUCAGUGUCGCUGUAAAGUCAACGUGGAGGGAGAACGCUGUGAGAGCUGCAAAGAAGCACAUUAUGGGAUGAGUGACCAGCCUGAAGGCUGCAAGGCAUGUACCUGCAAUCCCGUGGGAACAGUUCCGGGAGGAAAUCCAUGCGACAGUGAAACAGGAAGUUGCUUCUGUAAACGUCUGGUGACCGGACGGGACUGUGACCAGUGUUUGUCUGAACACUGGGGUCUCAGUAAUGAUAUGGACGGCUGCAGGCCAUGUGACUGUGACCUGGGAGGAGCCGUCAACAACCAGUGUGAUCAGGUGAACGGCCAAUGCAUCUGCAGAGAUCACAUGUUUGGUCGACGCUGUGAUCAGGUUGAAUCGGGAUUCUACUUCAUCGCUCUGGAUCACUACACGUAUGAGGCUGAGGAUGCCAAGUUUGGACCUGAAGUAACGGUGGUCCCAAGGCACCACCCUCUUGACCGUAGUCCCACCUGGACAGGUAUUGGUCUGGUCAAUGUCCCAGAGGGGGCCUUUCUGGAGUUCUCUUUGGACAACAUCCCCCACUCCAUGGAGUAUGACAUUAUCAUCCGCUACGAACCUCAGCUGCCUGACCAAUGGGAGGAGGUUCUGAUGACAGUGAUGAGACCCGGACCAAUCAGAGCAGACAGUCGCUGUGUCAACACCGUGCCCGACGAUGACAACCAGAUGAUCUCACUUCACCCUGGCUCACGGUACGUGGUUCUUCCCAGACCAGUUUGUUUUGAAUCUGGUCUGAACUACACAAUUCGUCUCAGUCUGCCGCUGUACUCGACCCUCAGUGACGUCCAGUCUCCAUACACACUCAUUGACUCGAUUGUGUUGAUGCCUCACUGUAAGAACCUAGAGAUCUUCACAGCCUCAGAGGGAGGAGACUCCAUCGGGAACAGUGGUUGGGAAACUUUCCAGCGCUAUCGUUGUCUUGAGAACAGCCAGGGUGUCAUCAAGUCUCAGAUGACUGACAUCUGUCGAAACUUCAUCUUUAGCAUCUCCGCCAUGUUGCACCAGGGAGCUAAAG